AUGAACAAAUCUUGUCCAGGAUCACUACACAGACCUAAAAGCUUCAAAUACGAGCGGACCCUCUUGCCAUUCUCCUUUUAUUCCCCGAAACUCUCCCUUUACAUCCUAGCUUUUUGCGUCACCCUUUUGCUUCUCUUACAAAUCCGAUCCCUCCAUACGCCACCCAUUUCCCCCUCCCCGUUACCGUCCUGGUCUUUCUUGCAACAAUGGCAAGAAGUCAUCAACAAAACCUUAGCUUCACCCAACUGCACCCAGGACGUCCUGGAGUCCAUGACUCAAAAGCUUCGCGAUUCCGUUACGUUUCUCCCACUGAAAGACCUUCGUUAUGCAAACCAACCCCUUCCAGGCCACACGUGGUUUAUGAGUUCCAUGUAUGAUACUCACGAGGAAGGUGAGGUUCAAUACCAACAGUUUCCAUCUGAUUCCUCCAACGGUAGGCUGCUCUGCCUGAAAGGCCGCGACACCCAUGACGGCUCCUGGAACUACUACGCAUUGGCAUGGCCUGAAGCACUUCCUUCCAAUGCUACCCUGAUGAAAGGCCUGACUUUUGUAGCUUACAAUCAUUACAAUUAUGAUAACAUAUGGCACGGUCUGUCGGCUAUGGUACCUUUCGUUGCUUGGCAUAGAAAAAACAGUUGUGAAACUCCCACGAGAUGGAUCCUGUACCAUUGGGGUGAGCUCAGGUUCAAAAUGGGAACCUGGCUAAACACCCUGAUGGAGGCUACAUUUGGCCAGGCUCCGUACAUCGAAGGGUUUAACGGAAUUGAAGAUGAUGAUCAGCCAGUUUGCUUUGUAAAGGCUGUCGUGAUGAGACACAACGAGGGAGGGAUGUCAAGGGAGAGAAGAAUGGAAGUUUAUGAUCUUAUUAGGUGUAAGGCUCGCGUGUACUGUAAUGUGAGCGGUGACCAGAAAAGACCAGGCAUCGGGAUGACCUUGCUCAUGAGGACUGGACCAAGAUCUUUCAGGAACGAGACAGCUGUGAUUGCGAUCUUUGAAAAGGAGUGCAUGAAAGUAGAGGGCUGCCAGUUAAUAGUGGCUUACUCCAACAAUCUCACCAUUUGUGAGCAGGUGAAGCUAAUGAGUUUAACGGAUAUUUUAAUAUCCCCACACGGUGCCCAGUUGACCAACUUGUUCCUAAUGGAUCGAAACAGCAGCGUGAUGGAGUUCUUCCCCAAAGGAUGGCUAAAACUUGCUGGCGUAGGCCAGUACGUGUAUCAUUGGAUGGCUAGCUGGUCUGGAAUGAGGCACCGAGGCGAUUGGAGAGACCCCGACGGGGAAAACUGCCCCUACUCAGACGAUGAUCGUCGCUGUAUGUCACUCUACAAAAGUGGCAGGAUUGGAUACAAUGAGACCCAUUUUGCAGAGUGGGCUAGAAAUGUUCUAAAGGAUGUCAAAACAAGCAAGUUAGAAGAGGCUUCAAAACAUGCACAAAAUUCUAUUUCCAAAACUUGUGAUUGUAGUUAAUUGGUCUUUUCUUUUUCAUUUCUGGAAACCAGAGCCAUUGAAUUCUACUUAGUUUGGAAAUUUCAUUGUCAUGUGUAGAAAAUGUUUGUAUGACUUGGAAUAAUCCUGAUUCAUCUGCAAUAACAACAAGUUUUACUUGA